CAAUCCGCAACUCCAAGUUCCCCAGCGAUUCUCAGUCGACCGGCCGCGCGUUUCUACCGCAGAUCUCUAAUUGUGCACCGAUCUCGUUGAUUACCGUUGAUUUUGCUACAUUUUCUAAUUUCGCCAAUUACCUUUAUGCCGCCCAGCUGCGGUGAUUUAGUUUACCGAGUACCUCCGAAGGCGGUAGACGAUGGUGAAAUACCAUCUCAUGGUCGACAUAAUUGUUCCCUCCAUAUAAAGCGGAAUUAUUCAGCUCUGCGUUACCGCGUAUCAGACGCCGCCGUUAGGAUACUGGAAAAAUGUUGUAAAGUGUCAAGUGCGGUACGAGGUGAAGACUUUCAUUGAGAUGAACCGGAUCGGAGAAAUGAUAGAUUUUGUUCCACUACUCGAUGAUGCGGGCGGAGGCCGCAGAUCGAGGGCCUGUUUCCCCGUACUCGAUCGGCAGCGACAAACAUCUUGUCCCGAUUAAAACCAGGGGCACAUUAUUUAAAACUGGCAAACGGGAAUUCAGAAGGAUAAUAAUGGCUCUAGCAGUUAUUGUCGCAAUCCUUAUGAUAGUCGUCAUAGUUUUGGCGGUGCUUUACUCCAAGCCUGGGCCGCGCUACAAGGUCUGCGGUACAGAGCAGUGUAUUCGAAUAGUUUUUUUUUUCAAUAAAUUUAUAGCCGCGAGCUUAAAACAGUCUAUGAACUUAUCAGCUAACCCUUGUGAGGAUUUUUACGAAUACGCUUGCGGGAGGUGGUCUAGAGAACAUCCGACUCCGGACUCCAGUUCGACGCACUCGUGGUUCAGCGAAAGGAUGACUCGAGUAUCGCGAACUAUUCGCGAUCUUUUGAGAAGAAAUUCUACUCUUGAUACACCUUGGGCGGUGAUGGAAGCUAAAAAUCUUUACACCAGCUGCGUUGACGUCGCGACUCUGAACGACCUUGGUCUUUUACCGCUGCAGCGUCUAUUGGAACACCUUGACCUGCCUGAGAUUCCCGCUAUAUUCUCAGGGACAACGGGUAACUACAUGGGGCAACUCGCUAGGGUAAAAAGAACUCUGGGUAAAGAUAUAUUCUUUGGAUUGGACAUUUUUCCUGAUCCAAAAAAUAAAACGAGGAACAUUAUGAUGCUUGGAGCGCCGUCGACAACCAGCCCCCUGCCGAGCGACAAAGAGUUGGACAAACGGGUGCAUCGUGCCAGAAUGCAGACGCUGAGUUUGGAAGAAGACACGGAGGAUGAGGACGAAAGCGAUGGGCUAGCUUCUGUUGAGCAACUUUACAUGAUGGACGUGAUCAGGGAAGUUAUUAGCAACGGUACAGCAAAAAUGUGCAACUCCAACCGUACCGGGUCCCCAAAUGAUACCGAAAUAUCUCGUGUUGCACGACAGAUCUACCGGAUGAGCGGAAAGAUAUAUUUUUUGGUUCAUGGCGAUACGAAUGAUACGGCCGAGGAAGACAUCGAAGACGAAGAUUACAUGUACAUCGACGAUCUGCAAGAUAUCACAGACGAGUACGUGAAAAAUGUCAACGUCAGUCUAAAGCCAAGAAAAAUCUGGCGACCGUUUAUAGAGGAAGUUUUGAGUGAUCUUGUUGAUCUAGAUUUGUCAAAGAAGGAUAAGGUGUUGGUGGAAGAUUUGGAUUACUUGAAGGAAGUGGCUGUUCUCAUGUCGGCUGCUGAUGACGAGAUUCUGGAAGCGACCGUCUGGUGGACAGUGCUGGACGUAGUGGUUCCUCAUUCGUCAGAAAAUUUGAGACGCGCUUGGGCGAUGUACUUGCAUAGCGUUACGAACAUCGAAGUUUUGGAGUCUCGAUCCUUGCACUGUGCUAAUAUCGUUAAUGAGUUGAUGGGCAUGGCGGUUGCCUGGCUUUUUGUGGAUCCAAAAUUUCACUCAAAAAUUGGCCCCUACGUUGUUGAAAUGCUCGAAGAUAUCAGAGAAGCAUUCGCAGCACUCGUAAUGCGGGCAGACUGGAUGGACAGAGAAACGAAAAUGUCAACACUUGAGAAAGGGAAAAAAAUGACAUCAGCGAUCGGCUAUCCUCGUUGGCUCUUCGAGAAAGGAGAGUUAGACGAAUAUUAUGAAGGGAUAAAUAUGUCAGCGGACGCCUUUUUGGAUAACAUGUUGCAGAUGGUAGAAGUGAGAAGCUUAUAUGAAUUGAAAAGUCUUCACGAUGUAAAUCCCGCGAACCAAAUUUUCUGGGCUACCGAUCCUACCGAUGUCAACGCCUUCCAUACCUUCCAAGCUAAUCAGAUAACUGUACCAGUUGGCAUAUUGCAGUUUCCUUUCUACGAACUGGGCUUAGAAUCCCUAAACUACGGUGCAAUUGGUACGGUGCUCGGGCACGAAUUGACCCACGGUUUCGAUAACAGUGGAAGACAAUUCGAUAGCACUGGCAAUCUUAGACAAUGGUGGUCCAACGAAACCAUCGACGAAUACACGGAGAAGACACAGUGCUUCGUCGAUCACUACGGCACUUACUACGAAGAGAAGGUUGACCGAUACGUCGACGGUGAGUUGACUCUGGGUGAAAAUAUUGCCGACAAUGGGGGAUUGCGAGAAGCGGUAUGGGCGUACAGAAGAUGGAAAUCACGGCACGGUGCGGAGGAAUCGCUUCCGGGUUUCGAUCACUUGUCGUCCGAGCAGCUCUUGUUUCUCGCUUUCGGUCACAUUUGGUGUGAGUCGUACUCAACCUCGUCUUUGAAAUGGAUGUUGAUGGACAGUCAUUGCCCCGGACAUGUGAGACUGACCGCAUCGUUAAGAAAUUCCCAUGAGUUCAGCGAGGCUUGGAAAUGUCCUGUUGGUUCUAACAUGAAUCCUGAGAAGAAGUGUCAAAUAUGGUAGAUAUAUGGGUAAAAGAUUCAAUCAAUUCAAUUGUAUGAAACAGUUUUUAAAAUCGGUUGAUACUCGAGUCUAACAACUUCGAAUCGGAUUCGGGGUUUACGAAUUGUCUCGAACCGUGAAUGAUUUCAGGCAAGGAUUGGGCUCAAUAAAUAAAGAUCGUAUUCGUAAUAUCGAAUUUUUAUUAACUUGUCAUGGUUAUAUAAUGUCUAUAUUCAUAAUACGUACGCUAUUUACGUACGUCACGAAUAUCGGCAAGGAAAAAGCAUUUUUGAAGAAGUGGGAAAUCGGUAUAUCCAGAGGUGGAGGUCAUAGCUAAUUCACCGUCUCCUAGUAACUCUCGUUUCGAAGCUAUAUCAGCUUCUACGUUCAACUCUGGCAAUCGUGUCCGUGGAUGUUAUUGACCCCGGAGUGGUUCAACGAUCUAUUCUACUUUUUGGGCGUUGAACUCUUUGUGCGCCACUGCAGGCACCACUGGUACAACUGGAGCAGGGAAGUGGUAUGGGUUGUAGCCUGGGUAUCCCA